CAAGAAGCAAUUGUUAAGUUUGGGAGUACCUGUCAGUAUAGAUACAAAAAUACUCAUUGCAUUGGGAAUGGCACUUUCGGUAACGUAUACAGUGCAAUUGUUACAAAUCGCGGAAAUUAUUUUGGAGCAAGCCAAGUGGCCGUAAAAGUGAUUCAGCUGAACAAAGCAGAACACUGGGACAAUGAAGAGCGGAACAGAGGAAUGUACGAUAGGCUAAAAUUACUGUUGGAUCUUAAAAACGAAAACCUGGUCGAAUAUUUUAAAGUUACCAUUACCACGCCUCAUACAGGAAGGUUUUUCUCCGUUGCAAUCAUGAUGGAGCUUUGUUCUGAUGGAGAUCUUGGAACUAGGAUGAGAGAGAUUGCACUAGCUCGGAACCGUCUUGAAUAUUCAACCGUAAAGCAUUACGCAAGAGAUAUUGCUGGCGGACUGAGUUAUCUGCAUAAAAAGAAUAUUAUACACGGAGAUCUGAAACCGGGAAACGUCCUUAUACGGACCCUACAAAGCGGCUGUGAACGACUGCUUCUUUGUGACAUGGACGAUUUUGUGAAAAUGCAGGAGAGAAGUACAUGUUCUCGAGAUGUGACACAUAUUAGAGGCACAUACCGGUAUAUGUCACCCGAGAUGCUACGCACUUUUGUUACGCCGGAAGCGAAGAGUGUUAAAAAGAACCCCCCUGGAAGAAAAACUGACGUAUGGAGUCUGGGAUGUAUAAUGCUGAAAUUGUUAUAUCACGUAACUGGCCGUCAUCACGAAUAUCUGUUUAAAGGAAUGAAAGUUGUUGAGGCGGAUGACAAAAUUCGUGACAGUCGUUAUAUGUCCCUGGUCAUAGAGGGCUAUGCUCCUCUUAUUCCUGUUUUGACGGAAUCAAACCUAGUGACCAUAUGCAUUGAACGCUGCCUUCAAACUAACAGUGAACAUAGGAUUUCAUGUGAUCAAGCUCAAGCUCUCUUAUCUCAGGUCGGAAAUAUCCAGGAGGUUUUAUUCUGCUGCACCGAAAGCUUUCCAGCGUCAAAGCUAACCGUUUUAGCUUGUCGGCUACAAGUUAUUACGCACAGUUGUUUGAUCCUUCUGCUAAUACAAUACGCGAGUUCCCGGUGCCAACGAAUUUGACUGAAAAUCCGUUGCAAGCAUUUAUAGCUCUAAACAGGAGCGCUGUGCUAUGCCAAACAAGACCUAUACGUAGGUCAGAAAUGUUGGCAAGACGCUGAUUUGUACGAAACCGUUGUGUGGAAUUUGGCUGAUCAA